GGUGCCCCAGGGCGGGUCCGUCGUGAGGGGCGGGCGGGGCCCGCGGACCCCGCCGCGCUUGGUCCCCCGUCCAGCUCCGGCCCGGGAACCCGCAACACUUGCCGUGCUCCUGGUCCUUCUCGGCCCUCAUGCAUCGCCAGCCCCAGAGGUGCUUUGGAACCGAGAAUGAACCUCUUGCGAACACCCACCUGUUUUCUCCAGAGCAGCACAACUGGUCUAUAUGGAACAUACUGGGAAGCCAAGUGGGUGAUUGCCUUUGCUGUUUAUUUUUAUGGCAGUUGAGAGCACUGGAAAACUCUCAGCACACACAGAUUGCAGCAUUGAUGGCAGAGACUGGGAUGGAUGAACAAGGAUUAGCCCCCACAAUGGUUCAGCAUGGGCCAUAUCUCCAGAUAACAAGCCUUGCUGAAAAAAGCCCUGCAGCUAAUAAUGGAAAGCUGAAACCAGGUGCUCAUUUGCUAAAUGUUUUAAACCUGAAAUGAACCGUAUCAGAACUAGCAGACUAUUACCACUUAUUAAAGGUUUUUUGUGGAACAUCUGACACCUGUAUUAAACUUGAAAUUGAAAGCUCUGUAAAUGUGAGUGCUUCACAUGGGUCCCCAGCCCAAUUACAUUAAACUCGUGAACUACAGUUCAGGGAUGAUUCUGUGCUAUGGUAAUUCCCAGCAUGAAAUUGUCUCUUAACAUUGAAAUCUAUGAAGCAAAGACUGGAGCGUAAUGAAGUAAUUUAGAAAUUUACUGGCUGUGCAGUGAAAAUGCAUAUCUUUAAAUUAGAACAAUUUUCCUAGCAGGGCCUUUAUAGUUUGGGCAGUCUUCAGAAUUGGAAGCACUAGGAAGAAAUAUCUACUUGCUUGAUCAAAUGAAAACCAUCAAGUGGAGUUCUUAACCUUUUCUUAGGAAAAAUGCUUUGCACUUUUUAUCUGAGUAUCAGUGGAAAAAUCUGGAGCAUAAAUUUGAAUUUUUUUUUUCUUUAGCUGAUUAAGAUGAGUAUAAUCUGUAAAGUUUCAAACUGGAACCCAAAAGAACAAUUUCAUUACUGCUUGUAGCGUGAAGAAGCUGGUGCCAUUCGACUUUAGGAGGUAGAAUGUAACAGUUAGUGGGAGGUACUAAUGUUUUAAAAUCCUACAAUUUCUCACCAAAUUGUCAUGGAGCCAUGCAUGUCCUAAUUCUCCACGCCAGCAAGAAGAAAUAGUGUUGCACAUUAUGUGUAUCUCCUCAAAAUACCUUUAAUGGUGCAAGAAGUUAUAUCCAUAAAAAUCUUCAGUGGCUGCUUUCUGCUGGAAUGCCUCUCCUGACCAUGUCUGGUAGAGUGCACAGGGUUGUUUUGACAUUCCCCUUCCUGCCUCCUCUGUGAGCACAAAUUCUGGCUGACAAUAAAAAACCUGAACUCAGAGGCCACAUCAGUUUGUAAUGGCCACACAUCAAGACAAUUCCAAGCAGCUGACGAUACCAAGCUGGAGCUCUUACUACAAUCCUGUAAAAAGCUUAUUUGUUUCUUAAUGAUUGAAGAUUAGGACUUUUAAAAUAAAACAGGAAAAAAAGCACUCUUCUUGAGAGCCAUAGCAUACAGCUUUUAAGAGUAUAUUGCUCUCAGUGCUAAGGGUGGUCCAAUACAGUCAGGAGAAUGAAUCUAGAUGAGCUACAAGGCAGUUCCAAAUUUUCCCGAGGCACAGAGUUUUAAGAGAAAUAAACCUCAGAG